AUGGACGGUGAUCCAGCAGUCGAACCCGAACUCGACGCCUUCAGCCUCGUAUUCCCUCUUCCCUAUCGCGUCGGCUUCAUCGCAACACUAGGUCAGUUCCUUGUCUCCCGCCCCGAGCGAGCUUCCGAAUCGUACAAGGAGCUAAACCAAACCAAAACGCCCAGCCGUCUGGGGAUGGGGCCUCAACCUGCACUACUUGUACCUGGCCAAAGUCGACGUCCCGGCGUUGAUACGCUACCCGGGCCGCUCCUCGCCGCACCACAUACCGCACCACUUCUCGACGUACCGCCUCGCGACCGUCCUCUCGGGCCUCUUCGCCGUGUCCAUGGUGCUCUUCUGGCUGUGCACGCGGGGGGCGGCGUCGCGCGUAAUCGACUACGACUGGAUACCCAUGACGUACCUCGCCGGCAUCGUCGCCGUCUUCCUGGUCCCGCUGAAGAACCUGCCCAGCGGCGGGAGGCGGCGGUUCCUCGCGACGCUGAAGCGCGUCAGCGUAGGGGGCAUCGCGGAGGCGCAGGACGGCAAGUUUGGCGACAUUCUGCUCGCCGACGUGCUGACGUCUGCAUCGUCGAGUACCUCCGCGUCCGGCGGGCGCCGUACAAGGAGUCGGCGGGCUGGGGAGGCCAGCAUCUGGCCAACGCCCUCAAGUACUCUACCGCGUUCCCCGUCCUCGUCGCGAGCGCCCUGCAGCGGAACACGGACGACGCGGCGGCCAAGGCGGCGUACAACAGGGCCUGGCUGGCAGCCGUGCUCGUCAACUCGCUGUAUUCGUUUUACUGGGACGUCGCCAAGGAUUGGGACAUGACGCUCUUCGCGUCUAGGCGGGAGCGCAACUCGUCCCACCACCCCUGGGGGCUUCGCGACAGGCUCAUCUUCCGCCCGGUCUUCAUGUACUACGCUGUCAUUGUGCUGGACCUGAUGCUGAGGUGUACUUGGUCCUUGAAGCUCAGUCCUCAUUUGGACAGGUUUAGUGAUUUUGAGAGCGGCAUCUUUCUAAUAGAGCUUCUCGAGGUGUUUCGGCGAUGGGUGUGGAUAUUCUUCCGGGUGGAAACCGAGUGGAUUAGGAAUUCGUCUACCGGGUUGGGUAUUGAUGAUAUUUUGUUAGGCGACUACCAGGGCAAGGAUGACGACGACGAAUAA